ACACCUCCAUCCCGCUCUCUCUUUAUAAUAACACUCUUUUCUUCCAAAACCCUAACGUUUUUUUUCCACUCAAACAAACACACCCCUCUGCCGCUAACAUUCUCUCUCGAAUCUUCCUUCUGCAACAAUGGAGUUUUGGGGUGUGGAGGUUAAAAGUGGUCAGCCACUCAAGGUAAACCUUGGCGAAGGAAAAGUUCUGCAUCUUUCACAGGCUUGUCUUGGAGAAAUCAAGAAUACUAAAUCAAGUGACUCUGUUUGCUUAUACGUCAACGUUGACGGCAAAAAACUUGUUCUUGGAACACUUAAUUCCGAGAAGUUGCCGCAACAACUGUUCGAUUUGGUGUUCGACAAAGACUUUCAGAUUUCUCACAACUGGAAAAACGGCAGUGUGUUCUUUUACGGAUACAAAGCUGACCAACCUAUUGAUGGGCCAUCUGAUGAUGAAGAUAUUGAUUCUGACGAGGAAGAAGAUGCUCUUGAACUUCCAGUUCCUAAUGGCAAGCAGGAUGCUAAGAAAGAAGAGAACACAGUGGCGGCUAACAAGAAAGAUAAUAAACAAAAGGUAAAGAUCGUGGAACCCGAAAAAGACGAUUCCGACUCCGAUGAAGAUGAUUCGAUGUCUGGAGAUUCAGAUGAGGAUGAUGAGGACUCUGACAGCGAAGACGAUAGUGAUGAGGCGGAAGAGACUCCACAGAAGCCACAAUCUGGAAAGAAGAGAUCGAAUGAGUCUGCUAUCAAAACCCCUGCAAACGAGAAAAAGGCAAAAUUGGUCACCCCUCAGAAAACAGAUGGUAAGAAAGGGGGAGUGCAUGUAGCAACACCUCAUCCUUCAAAGCAGGGUAAGACUCCAGCAAACAAAUCGAAUGAAAGCCCGGCUUCUGCUUCUGGUGGUGCGUUUUCUUGCAAGCCUUGCAACAGGAACUUUAAAACAGAUAUGGCUCUUCAAUCUCACAACCAGGCGAAACACAAGUAGAAGUGUGAAACUGGUUGUUGGCUGGAUGAUGGAUGAAAUAGUUGAUGUUUCUUCAAGAAUGAGUGUGGCUAUUGGCUAGUAGUUUUAAUUAAGUAGUUUUUUUUUUCCUUCAUAUUUUGUUUUGGAAUUGUUGUGGAUUUUGAAAGGCAAUUGUGCUACCAUCACAAGUUGGAUUUCUGUGCUAAUUUUGUUUUUAUCCGCAACAUCUGUUGCUUGAUUUUGGGUCUUGA